AACAAUUCGUCCACUAUUUAAAAUAGUAUUACAAAUAUCUCUGUUUCAAAUUUCACCUAGUAUUGCCUCAAAGCAUUUAUCGCAGCGCUGUUGGUAGCAACUAUCGGCAACUACCGACCGUAAUGUACCGUCAUGGCGACGUUACCGCCACGGAAAAAUCCGACUCCAACGAAAAUUUUAAAACAACACCUUACUCCGUUGCAAACGCUUUUGCAGUUAGGUUUUCCGAAACACCGAGCAGAGAAGGCACUGGCUGCUACAGGACAUCGAGGUGUUCAACUUGCAUCCGAUUGGCUAGUGGCUCACGUCAGAGAUCCUACUUUGGAUUCCGAUGCUCAGAGACAAUAUGUUCUAUACGCGUGCCCGACGGGUACAUUAGCCAAGCAUCUUACAAAAUUUUGGUCUGAGAGCAAAGAACUUACAUGGAAUGGUGCACAUAAUUAUAUGCCACAUAUUACUCUUGUGUCAUUCUUUAAUGCUCCGGACGAAUCUACGGAAGAAUUGGUAAAUGCCCUUGAGAAUAUAGUUAAUCAGGAUGUAUUGCCAGAUCACAUAGAGUUAGAAACCUAUGUGUCUCCCAAUUUUAUGGGUCUUUUUGUUAAAGAAACAAACGCGGAAUGGCUAAAAAAUAUUGCUAUUCGUUAUGUAAAUAAACUUACGAGUUUAGGCAUCUCCGCAGAGCCUCAAGUAAAGUCUUCCCAUCUGACGUUAGUUUAUCAAUUUCCUAGCAAUUUGUAUCAACAACUUCGUUUAAUGGUAGAGAAACUUACGCUUAGUUCUCCAGCUAAUUGGGAACUUAGAUUGUAUUCCAGAGAUGCUAGGCUACAGAAUGCACAUGUGCAUAAAGUGACGCAUCCUCACAUGCCUAGAGAACACGACGAAUUAGAAUUAAGAGUGGGAGAUUACAUUUACAUUCCAGAAGGGGCGUGUAGUAUAUCUACGGAUGGUUGGGUCGAAGGUGUUUCUUGGUUGACCGGUAUUUCGGGUCAUUUACCUUUGAAUCACACGAAACGCACAGCGGAAUCGGAUUCGUGGACCUUGCAUACUACCAUACAGCUUACAGACAAUAAAACUGAAAUUUUAGAAAAAGAAGAGAUACCAGUAACGCGAAAACCACCAGUAUUAUUGCCGAAUGAUUCUGCGGAUACUCCUGAUGGAAUAGCAACGACCAAUGAACCAAUCGAAGCUUCCGAAGCACCAUCGAGUUCCUCGAGGCAAAUUUUCAUUUGUCGCCAUGGAGAAAGAGUAGACUUUACGUUUGGAGCAUGGAUUCCUUACUGUUUCGAAGUAAAUGGCUCCUAUGUUAGGAGAGAUUUAAACAUGCCAAAAGAAAUACCAUCGAGAAAUAUACAAGAUUUUCAUAACGAUAGUCCUUUAACAACAGUAGGUGAAGUGCAAGCAAGCUUAGUAGGAGAAGCAAUGAAAUCAUCUAGCAUUAAAAUAGAUGUAGCUUUUACUUCGCCAUCGUUAAGAUGUAUCCAAACGCUGACUCACAUUUUAAAAGGAUUAGAUUCGAACAUUCCAAUGAAAAUAGAGCCAGGGUUGAUAGAGUGGUUAGCAUGGUAUCCAAAUGGUGUACCAGUUUGGAUGACAUCCGAGGAAUUAAUGAAAGCUGGUUUUAACGUAGACGAAAGUUACGAUCCAAUUAUUAAAACAAAAGAGCUUCCAUUAAAAGAGAAUGCAGCACAGUAUUAUGAUCGAAGUUACGAACUAAUCAAACGAAUUAUCGAAAGUACCGUAGGGAAUAUUUUAAUAGUAGCUCAUGCUGCUUCUUUAGCAGCAUGUACCAGACAAUUAACUGGUGGUAGAGUACCACCAGCUGCUGAAGUUACUAGAUUGGUUCAAAGAGUACCAUAUCUAGCAUGUUUAACGGCCCGCGAAGGAUUGGAUGGUUGGCAACUUCAUCCACCUCCGUUUCCACCUAUAACGCAUACCAGUAAUACCAGAUUUGAUUGGAAAGUGUUAAUGUAAAAAUAUGAUUAAUAUUUUUAAGUAAUGUUUCUCUCUUUUUGUCUUUCGAGAUACAAAAGCAGGCUAAUCGUGAAAGACUGUUAAAAUACAAUACACUUCUGUAACAUAUUCAUCGGUACGGAGGAUACGAAAAGAGAAUAAGUAUUAUAAUUAUUUUCUGGAUUGGGUUAUUUAUAAUGUGCAAAUUUUAAAAAUGCCAGUUCGUUAUUCGAUUUUUUAAGAAAUUAACAGUAGUAGGGGAAUAAAUACGGGUAUUGGCAUUUAAUUCUACCUUUUCUGUAGAAAAGGAUUUAAGUAAUGUGUAUUCUAAUCUUUAUAAAGAUUGUUCAAAUUACAUAUUUUAAUAUAAUAA